AUGGACCGAAGUAAGCGGAAUUCAAUAGCAGGAUUUCCACCACGCUUGGAGCGCGUUGAAGACUUGGACGGUGGCACUGGAGGAGAAGGAACUGCAUCCCAGAUAGGAAGAGUUUGUACCUCUUCAUACAGAGCCCUGAUAAGUGCCUUUUCCAGACUUACUCGUCUUGAUGACUUCACAUGUGAGAAAAUUGGCUCUGGUUUCUUCUCUGAGGUGUUCAAGGUAAGGCACAGAACUUCAGACCAGAUAAUGGCUUUGAAGAUGAACAAGCUGAACAGCAACAGAGCAAACAUGCUGAAAGAGGUUCAACUUAUGAAUAGACUCUCACAUCCAAACAUCUUAAGGUUUAUGGGUGUCUGUGUGCAUCAAGGACAGCUGCACGCACUUACUGAGUACAUCAACUUUGGUAACCUGGAACAGCUGUUAGACAGUAACCAGCAUCUGCCCUGGACAGUGAGGGUGAAACUGGCCUAUGACAUUGCUAUGGGAAUCAGUUAUCUUCACUAUAAAGGCAUUUUCCACCGAGACCUUACAUCCAAGAACUGCCUAAUAAAACGUGAUGAGAAUGGAUUCUCAGCAAUAGUGGGAGACUUUGGUUUAGCAGAGAAAAUUCCUGAUCACAGUGAGAAGUUACCAGUGGUGGGUUCACCCUUCUGGAUGGCACCAGAAGUUCUCAGAGAUGAACCUUACAACGAAAAGGCGGAUGUGUUCUCCUACGGUAUAAUUCUGUGUGAGAUCAUAGCAAGAAUACAGGCAGAUCCAGACUAUCUCCCUCGCACAGAGAAUUUUGGAUUAGAUUAUGAUGCCUUCCAGCACAUGGUGGGAGACUGCCCCCCUGACUUCCUCCAGCUGGCCUUCAACUGCUGUAAUAUGGAUCCAAAGUUGCGUCCUUCAUUUGCUGAUAUUGUCAAAACACUGGAGGAGAUUUUAAACCGCCUGAGAAAUGAGGACUCAGAGAGAGAAAGAAAGUUUUUGAACCUUGACAACAGUGAAAGAAAACCUAAAGGAUCAAUUGAAAAAGGACCAGGAGUAAAACGUUUGAGUUCCCUGGAUGAUAAGAUCCCACCCAAGUCACCCCGGCCCCGUCGGAACAUCUGGCUGUCACGCAGCCAGUCAGAUAUCUUCUCCCGCAAACCUUCCAGGAAGAUAAAUGUGCAGGACCCCUACUAUACACCAAACAAAGGGUUAGGCCGGAAAGUUAAUCCCUUCAGCGCUCGGGAGGACCUCAAGGGGGGGAAGAUCAAAUUCUUUGACAUGCCAAGCAAGUCUGUGAUUUCCCUGGUGUUUGACUUGCAUUCUCCAGAGGCAGGUGGAGGCCUGAAAGCCAGCCAGUCCCAGUUCCGGCAGGCGUAUAGCACAGACUGGCAAGAAUUUUCCUUCCCUGGGAGGAGAUGCAGAUCGCUUCCACUCUCUCCUGAAUUGGCGCACAAGGAAUAUGGCCUCUUUGGGGGACUGUCUUCCACCGUCAGCAGGUGUGACCCAACCCAGCUAGGUGCAGAGGUUCGGCAAAAACUCCUGAGUAGCAGUAAAUAUGGUGUGUCAGAGAUUCCCCCCUUUCAAGCCAAGCCUCACAGGCCAGAAUUUCUUCCUGUACCAGGACAAGAAGAGGAUAUGGACUGUUCAGAUGGGCCAGUGGCCCAGGAGGAAAAUGGGUUUUGCCCGGUUGAGAGCACGUGUGGAGAUCCAGCAUGUAAGCAGCCAUUAGUGCUGGCCCAGCCUGAGCUGCUAUCUUACAAAAAACUCCCAGCUGAAAAUUCGGUGAACUCUGAGGGACAUGGCUCCUCACAGGUGUUUGCAGGUUGUCUCCCUUCUGAAGAGAUGGAGGUGGAAGAUGACCUUCUGAAAAAUGCUCUGCUAGAGUCUGCAAAGCCUCUGUUCAGCGUUAGUCCUUCAAGCGAGCUGAAGAGAGAGGCCUGGCCCUUCAGCGAGCACGAUGGGGACAGUCCUGCCCCGUUGUCUCACACCUCCUCCAACAUCUCAGCAAGUGGCAGCAUGCAGUCAACUUGUGAUAUAUGA